AUGCUUCAGAUGGGUGCCUCUAGAAAUGCAAUUUUGAAGAGACAGCAGACACAAUCUGAUUUUUGUAUUGCCUUUCGUGCAAAGGCUUGCUUUCUGCUACUAGGGUGUUUGAUAUGCCAGGCUGCAGCGCGAAUAUCGGUUGACGAUAUAAUGCAGCUGCAAACAAAAGAAAUAAAAACAGGGCAGAAAACGGCACUGGUCCACCCCGACGGGCCGUUCAACUUUCUGCGCGGAUACAUAUACGCGCAGCAGGGGUACAUGUACAGCAAGCGCGUUUUGGCGCCAGAGAUAGACGUCAGAUACGACGUGUGCCCUGUGGAGAGUGGAAAGCCCGGGGCAUACAAAUACACGCGAGCCGCUGCGCACGACAGGCCAUACGCGGCAAAGAGCGCAAGCGCUGCGGCAAGGUACUCCGAAGCGUACCACAAAAUGCUGAUACAGAUGUUUCCGUCCACGGGCGGAAGACUGGCCAUCUCUGUGAACAGGCACGACUCUAUGCACUGCUUUCUGCAGGAAGCAUGCAGCAAAGAGCAGGCGCACUACGUGCUGGCCGCGCUGCUGCUUUUGGCCGAGGGCGAGGCUGUUCCUGUGAAAACUUCUGGGCUGGACAUUUUGAUAUGCCCUUGCAAAAAGCAGGGGGCCGGAAAAGCAAACCCAAACGCCGCAGAGCCUGCGCCGAGCGCGCUCUGCGCUGUCAGCAGGAAGGCCAAGAAGGGCCGAAAGCCGUUCAAAGAGAUACUUGCAGUUCUGGAGUUUUUUCAGACACACCAAAACGCCGUGCCGAUGCCGCGCACAUACGAGGAGUUUUCGAGCGGCCGCUUUCUGGACAGCCCGCAGUUCCUGAUCCAGGCGUACGUGUUUGAGUACAUAGAGGCAAAGGAGGACGCGCUGCAGGUGGCCGCGUGUGCGUACAAAAUUCUCGAGCACAUGGAAAGCUCCGCAGAAACGCUCGCCCGAUUCUUUGUGGGCCCCGAAAAGCGCAGCGAAGUACUAGAGAACACAAAACUGCUUGCAGAGAUGCAUGCCCGCCUGGCAGAAAGCAGCUGGUUCCCGUUCUGGGACACAAACACAAAUCCAAACUACACGCAGGUGCGCGCCUACAGCAGGAGCAAGUGCGCGUUUUCCGACGAGCAGUUCAGCAACUGCGCCGAGGCAGGCCUCUAUUCCCUGUUUUGCUGCCUUGCAUACGACCCGAACAAGAAACAGUAUGACAUAGACGCGCUGCUUGGCGACAGGAAGGACUGCGCGGAGGCGCAGGACCUGCGGAACUUUUUCAAGCGCGACAACGUGCAGCCCGGCACGUGCGCCACGAAAGAAACCUUUGAGAGCUGGAACAGAGUGGUGUCUGGGCUGCUGCCCGGGAAAGUCGUGUACUGCCUGGAGAGCGGCAACGAGCUUCUCUCGGACGUGCUCAAUCUGCUGCACGUGGUUGCGUGCGUGAGCGGCAGGCUCCCAGCGCAUGGAUAUGCAAUAGGCGCUCUCCGGAUAAGGCUCAAAAGAAGCACAGAGAGCACAAUAGAAGCUGUGUUUUCAGAGGCGCAGAAGCUUGCUGUUGAUCUUCUGUCUGGGCUUUCAGUGAACAAGCGCAUGAAGGUUGUGCUCGAAAAUAUGCAGGCAUGCGUGUCCAGCGAAGGCCACUGCAAGGCAUAUGGAAGCAUUUUGCUGCAGUUCUGGCACAAAAGCCAAAGCCAGCCCCAGUGCCUGUAUCUGGAUGUUUACAAAAGGCACACGUCGACAGAGUUUCUGCUGCCUGCGCCUUCUUUCGCCGAGGAAGAGGCCCUGCGGCUAAGCGCCGCUGUGGCACACUACAGGGAGCAGCGCUCGUUUAUCUGCCACCUCGUGUCGGACUACAUCCUUGCAUGCGCGUUUGAGGGCGAGGAUGGUGCGGACAGCUCCUUGGUGGCGAAGGCUGCAAGGCGCGCGGCAGAGGAAAUGGAAAAGGAUGCCUCGGGCAGCGUAAACCGUGUGUUUUUGAGCAGGCACAUGCAGCACCUUGCAGAUAAGGUUGUGUUUGCAAACGGUAUAUACAUACACGGGCAUCGCCUUGUCCAGAACAGCGAGCAUCCUCUUGCUCGGCUUAUUGCAAACAUUUUUGGAAGCGCCCCGCUUGCCGAUAGGCAAACACAGCAGGCUGCUCUGAGCCUGGUGGCGUGCACAAGCGGGCUCAAGCGGGGGCUAGCCCCGAAAAUCCAGCUCUCCAAAGACACGUGUGCCGAGUACCACAAAAACAUAAACACCUUGGGCAAGCUUUCCUUCCAUUUGCAGGCCGCAGAUGCUGUGCUUGCGUGCGAAGUCAUUUUGGACCACCUGCAGGAGUACACAGCGCAUGGGCUGCCCUUUGAGAAUUGCCAUGCGCUGCUUGCGUCCUCUGCAAGCACGCUGUGCGAGUGGAUGUUUGCAAACAACACAGUGCACUUUGCGCAGAAGAUUAGAGCGCUUGUGCAGGCGGGGGGUAGCGGAGAAGAGAAGCCGCGCGCUGCUGAGUUUGCCAGCUCGCUGUGGCUUUUUUGGUUCAGCCAUCUGGCUGCAAGCUCCAAAGAAGGGUGUGCAGAGCUUGCUGCGCAGAUGUAUGAUGAAAUUGAGCCCGGGGACUGCGAGGUGCUAAACGGCAAAAAGCACGGAUAUUUGUACGACCAGUUCAUUGUGUCCGAGGCCUGCGCUCUUUUAAGAAGCGACUCCCCCAUUAGGCGCGCGCUGUUGCAGAAGGGUGGAGAGGAGAAGCUUGAGAGCGUGUGCAUAAUUCUUGAGAAGGCGUACCGUGGCUGA